GGCGGCGCGGGCUGAAUGGUUUCCGCGGCAACGGCGCCGGGCAACAACGUGACGUGGCGGUGUUGAGGCGGGGAGAUCGAAGGUGGGCGGCGGCUGUUUGAAGGCGUCUGGUGCAGACAGUGGCCGGCGACUCGCCCAGCGGAAUAAACAUGCUGCCACUUGAUACUGAAGACUUGUUGUUCCGAAUAAAGGGAAGAAUACCUUUGGAUGGAUUCCUGCAUAAAACAGAUGACAAAGGGAUUACAAAAGGCUUUUCUGAAGCCAUUACGGAAGCCAUUAAUAAGGUGAAUUCGCAAGCUACCAUCCUAGUUGGAAUAGAGAGUACCCUGUUUAUAUGGCCUACAUCCCACGUCUCUACACAGGCUUCAGAACUCACGGAGAACAGUAGCUCCAAAGCCAUCUUAAAAUUUGUGCCCGUUGAGGUCAAUGACAUCCUUAAAAAGAUUCCCAAAAAGAAAUGUCUGAAAGUCGAACCUGUGCGAGUCGUGAACCUGGACCUUAUGUUUGAGACGACAAGGCCUGGAACAGUUGAAUCUGUUCACAUCCAGCAUGAUGGCAAGGCCAAUUUCCAUUUUAAGAUGACUCUUCCUAUUGAUGUGGUCAUAUUAGCUAACCCAGAUGAUCCGUGGCCAAAACUACAGGAUCAGAUUGUCGAAUCAAUUUCUUCACAGCUGACUGAUAUGGACAAAUGUAUUCAAAGAUAUGCGAAAGGAGAGACUGUUCCAAUUCCACAGCCAUUUCACUUUGAAUUGCCAGAUCAACCUUCUCUAACCACAGUAAUAUAUCCUGCUGGAAUCCCUGAAGAAGAAGUGCAGCCACAGCGAAAAGAGAUACAUGAGGAACUUGGUCUCGAUGAUAAGCCCUACCUUCGCCGUUCUAUGUCCUAUAAUUUUCCAAAUGAUGAGUUACUGAAUAAAUAUCUGAGAAACAUACACCAGUACAUUUCUCCUCCGGAUACUGAGGACCUCAAGGUUUACCUGAUUCAUGGAUCGUAUACCUAUCACCACUAUGCUCAGGAUGAGAUGAAUGAUGUUGGUUGGGGCUGUGCAUAUCGUGCUUUACAAACCAUCACAUCCUGGUACAAAUAUCAAGGGUACAUCACCAUACCUAUACCAAACCAUGAGGAGAUCCAAAAGAGAUUGGUAACAGCUGGAGAUAAGUCUCCUGACUUUGUGGGAUCAUCAGAAUGGAUUGGAUCUGUUGAGCUACAGUCAGUUUUAAAUACAAUGAACAUUACAUCGAAGAUCUUAAACAUUGCGGAUGGUACUGCGUUUGGUGAGCAUUCCAGAACGCUUGUUGAGCAUUUCGAAACGCAAGGAACUCCAAUUAUGGCCGGUAGUGCGAGUUUGGCGCACAUUAUUCUGGGAAUAGCAUGGAAUGAAAAGACUGGUAUCACUAAAUACCUCGUCUUGGAUACACACUACACUGGAGAAGAUGACUGGCCCACUGCAAUUGAAAAGGGUAUUGAUUGGAAAGGUGAAGAUUCCUGGAUGCCAAAAGAAACUUACAACCUCUGUUUGCCGCAGAGACCAGAAGGUGUUUAAAGCCAGCACCACGUCAGUGUUUCAGAGCUUGGACUGAAAGGAACAUCAUUUUCAAAUGCACAGAACUCUACCAAUCUUUGUGUACUUCAAACCAAAUGAGAACUUGAGGGUUGAGUACAUGUGUUUUACCAAUACUGCAAUAAAAACCAGCAGCUAAA